AUGAUGACAGAGAUUGAGUUGAACAGUCCCGGGGUUAGGGGCGAGCCCGGAACCGAUGAAGAGAAAGUUCAGAUCGUAGAUCGCGGCGCGUGUAGAUGCUCCAACAUGUGCUGGUCCACUCGUGACGGAAUUGGGAAGGCUCUCGUGGACGCAGCUUGCAAGGCCGCGGUGUAUCAGACGGGUAUGAAGCCGUUCGCUAACCCCAAGGCCCAGGUUGGUCCCCUAUCCGCGGAGCUCGUGGAGAAGCUCGAGCAGGGCGUCAAACCCGACACCAUCCUCAGCAAUCUGUCCGCGAACAUCAACGAGUGGACGGCAGGGAAGCGCGGAAUGUUCACCCUCAACUUUUGGCAGGAGGAUUCGAUCGCCUCCCUUCAGGCGGACGUCGCGCGAGGCGACGGUUGGGCCGCCGCCGACGUCAGCAGGGCGGCGCGAACCCUUCUUUUGGCGUACGACAAGCGCGGGCUCGCGCACUGCGAGGAAGCCUUCGCGAGUCCGGAGGAGCUUUUGGCGCACAAGGAAGGAUGCGCGUUUCGACCAGUGGAGUGCCAAAACCACGGAUGCGUGCAGGUUGUCGGCGCCAACUCCGCGGGGGCGCACGACGCGUCGUGCCCCCACAAGCUGCUCGUGUGUCCCCAGGGAUGCGGCGCGGACGUCAAACGCGCGGCGCUGAGGGAUCACAUGGCGACCGAGUGCGACAUGAAACCCGCCGUCUGCCCGUACAAGGAGCUCGGGUGCGAUGGAUCCGUUACCGCCGGGAGCGUCGAUGCGCAUUGCAGGGAAUGCGCCGGGACGCACCUCAAGCUCGUGGUGGACUGGGUGGGCCGGCUCUCCACGGAGGCGGUCGCGACGGAGGCGCGGGUCCGGGACAUCAAGCUGCUCCUUCAGGGCGUCGUGCCGAAGGUCGAGGAGACCGCCGCCGAGGUUGUCGCCGGCGGUGAGGCCCGAGGCAAACUCGCCGGGGAGGUGCGGGAGCUUCGCGCGAGUUUGAACGGGAUGGCGAAGGCGGUGACCGCGCUGGAGGGGGAGAUGAAGACGCAAAAGUCGGACAUGAAGCUCGCGAUCAAGACGAUGGACAGGCUGGCGCGGGCGCAGGAGGACAUGGUGAAGCGGGUUCCCAUGCUGAGCGGCAAGAGUUGA